GUUAGCCAGCUGCAUCAGUGGCCUCAUAGACUGGGUAUCAGCAGCCAGCCAGUCAGCCUCCCAGACUGGCUUCAGACAGCUUGACCUAACGCCCCAGUCACUGCAUCCCAGUCAGUCAGCCAGGGUUAUACCGGCCCUACGGAACAGCGUGCACCCUCUACUCCGCCUGUGCAUUUGUUCGUAGAUCUAAGAAACAUUUGAGGAAGAUUCCAAAUUCUGAGUCUCAUAUCAGAGAAGUUGCACAGCUACAAGGACCUUUGACCUCUGACACAAGAAUUAACAGGUAAAUUCAGAAUGGGGAACCGAGCCAGCAAGAAGAGUAAGAAGGACAAGAAAGAAGAAGCUGUAGAGGAAAAACCAGAACAGGGCCAGACCAGUGAGGGGCAGUCAGAAGACAAGAAGCCAGAGUGUGACCAAUCCACUGGCAAAGAAGGGGAAGCAGGCACUAAGGAUGGGGGUGGUGAAACUGAGGGGGGUGGGGGAGAGGCUAAGGCAGGAGAAGAUAACUCUGAAACCAAAGCUGGUGAGACAGCCCCAGAAGUUGCCGAGACAGCCCCAGAAGCUGCCGAUAGUUCUAAACCAGACUCUGUUGAAACAAAAGCAGCUGAUAGGAAUGAGGCAACUCCUGAGACGGGGGCAAGUGCAGAACCUGAAAAUCCUUCAGAAACUGUUGAGAGUAAAAGUGCAGAGCAAGAACCAGCACCUGUAGAAAAGGCAGAGGCUUCUCCAGAGGCUGCAGCCCCAGAACCUGUUAAAGAGGAACAAGUUACUCAGGCACCGGCGGAGGUGGCCAGCGAGGAGCCAUCAGCCCCUGCGGAGGAGCCAGCUGAACCUGAGGAGGCCGUACAACCCCCUCCACCGGAGCCUCUCCCAGUCCAGGACUCUCCUGCUGCAGCCUCCAGUGCUGAGGUUCCAGAUGAGCAGGCUCCUGUACAGACUGAGGAGUCUCCGGCAGAUGGGGAUGCUCCUACAGCUGACGAGGCUGGGGCACCAGCUGAAGAGGAAGCCACUAAGGAGGUGGAAAGUUUACCAUCACCACCCCCACCUGCUGAGGAGCCGGCACCCCCACAUGAGAAUGGCAUCAAUGGUGAUGUAGCUGAAGAGGGCGAGAAGGAAGCUGAGGUCCCUGUGACCAAUGGGGAAACUCCAAUUACCAAUGGUGACAGUUAUUCACAGACAGUUGAGUUUAAAUGGGAACAUGGGGGUGAGAAGGUUCUAGUGUCUGGAUCCUUCAAUGACUGGAAAGAGCAGGUGCCCCUUGAGAAACAGGAUGACAUAUUUGUUGGCAAACUUGACCUGGGGGUCGGCGAGUAUCAGUACAAAUACAUCGUGGAUGACCAGUGGCUAACCAACAAAAACCAGAAAAUAGUCUGUGCCGAAGAUUCAGAAAAUAAUGUGAUUGUUGUGGUGCAGCAAGCAUGAGAAAUCCUCUGGACAUAGAACUCAAAGGGAGUGAAGCUUGGCAUAGGACUGGACUGGAUGGCUGUUACCUUGUGUCAAGGUGGAGUGGGCAGGGCAGGGCCGCAGAGUCUGAGUAGGAGCUGGCAAUCAUAGAUGAUUUGUCCUGCAACCCUAUCCUGAGAUGUUGCCUUUUUUCUUUUUAGUUUCAAUAUUACACGGCUUUCAAUAAUUUAUGAAUUUAUUUUGUUAUGUCUGAAGUGUAGUAUGUUUGUGCAUUGCGUAACACCCGUCUCACAAAAAUGACAGGUAUCUCACAGGCGUGCAUUUCAGAUUGUUUUCAUAUAAAGAGGUUUGCUCAUAACGUUGUGUAUACUGCCCAGGAAGCUGUAUCAAAGUAUAAAACAUAUUUAUGAUGCAUUUUUUCAUUGUCUUACAAAACCAAUGUGGAACAAAAAACAAAUAAAUUGGACCAUUUUAAUGUUUUCAGAUGUUUUUUCCUAUUUUAUUAUGUUUUGUACAAGGACCAGUCUGAUGCCAUCCUGUCAUGAUAAAGCUGUGUAUCGAAAACAAGGCCAUAUGAGAACCAAACAUUUUCAUACCAGUGGCAAUGCAUUGAAGUCUGUCAUCAUUAUGAACGAUUCCUCGGCAAUGCUAAGAUUUUACUUUAUUUACAUCCCCUCCUUAUGUGUGUCUCAUUUCAUAUGCUCAAUGUCUCAUAAUCCCAAAUACUCGUACUGCUGGGCCAGAUUUUGUAAAUCUUUUCAACAAACCGGUCUGUGCUACAGUUUUAUGCAGAAUAUUUCUUCAUCUGUGCUUUAAAGAUCAGUUAAGUUCUCUAGUCAUUUUUAUUUACAAUAAUCUGUGCAGAUGUAUUAAAGCUGAAGUCACCAUGGUGAUUUGUACGGAAUCUAGUCUAGCAAUGUUGGUGCAGAAUGUGCUCAGUUUGUCUGGAUAUGUACAUUUGUAUUUAUAGGCAGUGACAUAGCAUUUUCUCUAGUCUUACAUACUAUUGCAGAAAAUGUAAUAUUUUGUAAACUCUAAAUUGUUUUGAGAAAUAUAUACAUGUAUUUUAAAAAAAUGAAUUAUACACACUGGUUGAGUUUUUCCAGAACUAAGUAUUACACUCAGAAUGUUGGAGAAUCUGGCUUCAGAGAUGGAAGUUAUUCAAGGCAUAUCAGAUUUUUGAUACUAUUUCUAAAGUGCAAUAAAACGUCAGAUGUCAAAAUUUACCACAUUUUCAUAUUCAACACAAGUGUAUAUGAUAAUUUGAUUUAAUUACAAUCAUCUAUAACACACAAUUGUUAAACAUGGACUCUUUAUUGGCCCACAACUCACCUGUUAUUUUGUAUCUAUUUUGUUGACUUUUGAUGGAGCUGAGUUCUGGUAUGUUAUGUACCAGCAGCACUUCCCCUGUCGUGUCUAUGCUAGUGUCACCUGGGCAGACUCUGCUCCAUUGUGUAACCCUAAUGGAGAGACCCUCAUUCAUUGUACAUAGCAAUUACAAUUAUGUGACCUUAAGAAUGAUCAGAAAACCUUAGUGGUGAAAAGUCAUGGGCAGAUAACUCUUAAAAAGUUUUAGGAAUAUUGGUACUGCGAGUUCAAAUGAAGAUCUGAGCUCUCUGAAUAGAUAUGUAAACCUGAGCUCAAAGCUAUGUCUGAGGUUUGGGCAGCCCUUGUUGUGAGGAAGUAGUUUGUACUUGUAUUACCUAACCAAGGAUUGUCAUGGUUUACAUAUCACAGUAUGGUCAAAGGGGACUUGGGUAGUGUAAUAAACUACAUUGCCAGUCAGUGUAGAAGUUGAUAAUAGUUGAUAAAUUGACAAGCUGAUGUCUUUAAAAGUGUAGCAAGAUUUCACCCCAGCCUUUAUGACACAACGCAUUCAGCUGUGACGUUUUGCUCAUGCAGUUUGUACCAUACAUUGUUGUCUGUCAGGACUUUUGUUGCAUCUAAGUCGCUUUUAUAUAUUAAUAUUUAAUCCUUCUUUGUAAUGGUUUGCGGUUUAAGCUUUUGUUACGCACUUGUAUAUGUACCAGCAUAUAUAUACUUCUGGAUUAAAGGGAACAAGUGUACCAAUUGAAUACAGGGGAGACAACUUUGUUGUGAGACUGACUGUCCUUAACUUUAAUUUUUUAACCAUUUUGCACAUAGAGAAUUCAACGUGGUGGAAUGUUCGAAAGCAUAAAAAUUUGAUUUGUUAAUCAAAAUAUGAAUUAUAUGCAUGCAGAAAGGAUGUUUUUGCAGAAUAUGCCUAAUAUAAUACCUUGACAAUGUGCAG